AUGAUGCAGCCGCCCAGCAGCAGCGACAGCCUGGAGCAGCUGGCGGAGCUGGCCGACCUCAACCGCCUGCAGACGGCCCUCAACACCGCCAUUGCGGCAGAGGACUGGCAGCUGGCGGCCGGCAUCCGCGACCUGCUGCGCUCGCUGACUGGCGCCGACGGCAAACUCGCCGCCGACUGGCAGGGGCUGGGCAUCCGGGACUGGCUGGCGGACCGUGCCGAGAGCCUGGGAUUCACCUUCCCCGCAGAGGUGCAGAAGCGGGCGGCCCCCGUGAUCCUGGAUGGCGACGACUGCAUCAUCCAGAGCGAGACCGGCUCAGGCAAGACGCUCUCCUUCCUGCUGCCGCUCCUGUCGCGGCUCAGCUACCCGCCCCACACCUUCCCAGACGACCUCAAGGGCCCCGCAGCGGUGGUGGUGGUGCCCACCCGGGAGCUGGGGGUGCAGGUGGUGAUGAUGGUGUACCGCCUGUUUGGAGGGUCCGUCAACCCGGGGGUGCCCGGCCUGGGAGGCAACAUGUUUGAUUACCACGGCCCUCGCGGCCUCAAGGUCAAGGGGCUGCUGAUGGAUAGCGAGGUUGUGCUGGCGAAGAAGGAGAGCUACCUGCGGGGGGUGCAUGUGCUGGUCGGCACGCCCGAGCUGAUUGCGGAGGCUCUGUCGCCACCCGAAGCAGUGGAGGCAGUGCAGCAUGUGGAUGUGGUUGCGGUGGACGAGGUGGAUGCCUGCUUCCAGAGCCACCCGCAGGAGAUGGAGCUCAUCAUGGCAGCAGCCUGCCAGCGCCCGCAGCCCGCGCAGUACGAGCAGCAGCAGCAGUGGGAGCAGCAGUGGGAGGGGCAGUCGCAGCAGCAGCGGUGGCAGCAAGGCGACGGCGACGCGCAGCAGUGGGAGGCGGCGGGGGAUGGCGAGCCGGAGCAGCAGCGGCGGCACAAGCCUGUGGUGGUCCUCGUGGGGGCCACACUGGAUGAGCCGCUGGUAGAGCAUGUGGUGGAGCAGGGCUGGGUGUGUGACCCGGUGACUGUGCGGGUGGGAGGCCGCAUGCGCAUCCCCAGCGGCCUGCAGCACCGCUGCAUCGUGGUGGGCGACGAGGCAGAAAAGGUGGCCGCCAUGUGCCGCCAGAUACGAGCAGACCUGAGGGGGCAGAGCGAGGACGCGGCGCCGGCGCGCGUCAUGGUGUUUGCGGGCAGCCAGGAGCAGGCGCGGCAGCUGUCCGACCCGCUGCGCACCGUUCUGUGGGGCGACCACAAGAUCUCGGUGCUGCUGCCAGAGGGCACGGAGCCCAUCAAGGCACUGCACAGCUUCCGGGACAACAAGACCACGCUGCUGCUGGCCACGCCCGCCGCGGCGCGCGGCCUCGACCUGCCGGCCGUCAGCCACGUAUACAACAUCGAGCUGCCGCUCAGCCCCACCGACUACCUGCACCGCGCUGGGCGCUCGGGGCGCAUCGGGUCCGCAGUGCAGGGCGUGGUGACCACGGUUGUGACGCGGGAGGAGCUGCCGCGGCUGCAAGCCAUGGCCUCUGAGCUGGGCGUAGCCGUCAGCGAGCAGGCACCGCUGCUGCCCGAGCUGCCGGCGGAGGUGGAGGGCGGCGAGGCAGAUGUGGAUGCCGCGCGGCGGGGCUUGGAAGACCUGUUCAACCUGUACUGA